AUGAAGGAGGAGGAGACGUUGGACAAGGCCAAGCUCAGCCCCGAGGAGAUUGUGAUGGUCAAGCUCAAGAGGUCCACGCCUCACCGCCCACCAAACGCGUUCUCCUCCUUUGCCACCGUCAACGCCAGGUGCUCUAUCCACCUGCUGCUCCUUCAGGCGGUUAACGAGAUCUUCUUCGAGCACUACCAGCACCUCUCUCUCGGUAUGGAGCUCAGCGCGCGCAUAGUAGACCGCGCUAAUGUGGAGUCGUUCCUCGAGGCGAUCAUCUCGGGCUAUCGCUUCGCCUACUCGGCCAACAACGACGUGCGCCUGCGAACUGGGCUGGGACCCACCGGCGUGAUGACGCGCAUCAUCAAGAUUGAGGUGACCGCCAUGAGCAGCUGCCUGCGCAUCCUCUUCACGCUCUAUGCCGAACCCGACGGCUCCGAGAAGAGGGAGGUCAGCGAAAAGAGGCUCACCCUGCUGAUCACCGAGUUCGCCGAAGAGUUCAUCCAGACGGCGCUCAACUCCUCUUCGCCGUACUCGCAGUCCAAGGUGGGCCUCAUGGUGCAGAUCCUCCAGGGCAUCCUCCAGUUCGACGAGUCUCAGUUCGGCAAGCAUGUGCCGCUCCUCUACAGGCACUUUGUGGGCCUCAUGCUGAGCGAAAGGAAGGAGAUCCGCUCAGCCCUCCAGCCCAUCUUUGAGCGGAUCGGUCUCGCGCAUGGCCUCAUCACCGCCGCCGUUCCCUCCUCGCCCUCCCCCGCCACCGAGGCCUCCUCUUCAUCCUCUUCGUCGUGA